CGCCCGCGAUUGAAUACCGGCUAGAGCCGGUAAAGAGCUGCCAAAACAGGCAGGAAAUAGUUCACUGAAGACAAAAGAUGCGACUGGCUGUCAUAGAGCGAAAAUAGACCAAAGCAAUAUCGGCUUUACUUUUAGCCUAUUUAUUUUUUAGCAGGAGCAGCAAUAUUCGAUUUUUUAAAAGAAAAUAUUUAGAAACCAUUGCUCUCUCCAGCUUGGCAAGUCGGCCUCAACAUUUUAGCGACUUUAAGGCCACAGUGAAAUGACGACAAGAUAGAAAAGCCGGCUUUGUUAGGCUACACCAGAAGGCUGCUCUUUCCGCCCUCAACCCUGCCGGUGGCCAGCGGUAGCCAUGAGGAUGCCUAAUUCCCAGCAUUGUUGGGGUCCAAAUGUUUACCCAGAGGUGCCCGAUGGAGGCUGGGGCUGGGCUGUGGCCGUGGCCUUCUUUUUGGUGGAGGUCUGCAGCUAUGGGACCCUCAAGAGCCUGGGUGUCUUCCUCCAGGAUCUGAUGGAAGAGUUUGGGGAGAGUAACAGUCGAGUGUCAUGGGUCAUCUCCAUCUGUGUCUUCAUCUUUACCUUCACUGCCCCCCUGUCCACGAUGCUGAGCAACCGCUUUGGCUAUCGUCCAGUGGUGAUGGUGGGGGGCUUCCUCAUCAGCCUGGGAACCAUCACCUCCGCCUUCACCAACUCCAUCAACGAGAUGUACAUCACCAUCGGCUUUGUUUCAGGCCUCGGCUACUGUCUCACCUUCAUCCCCACCGUCACCAUCCUAGCCCAGUACUUCUCCAGACGGCGAGCCCUCGUCACCUCCAUUGCUUCCUCUGGAGAAUCCUUCGCCGUAUUUACAUUUGCUCCAGCCUUCACUACACUGAAGGAACACAUUGGCUGGCGCUACUGUCUGGUUAUCCUCGGCAUCUUUCAGACUUCUGUGAUUGGCUGCGGGCUUCUCCUUCGUCCAAUCAUCAUUAAGCCGGAGCCUGUAAAGGAGGGCGAUGAAUCAGACAAAGAGUCUCUCUCUUUGAAGCACCUGCAGACUGUUUAUGAACUGGAGAACGAACAAACCAGAACCUCCAUCCGUUCAGGAGUCUCGCAGGGCUCAGACGACUCCGGUGUCACCUCCCUCUCUGCUUCCAACUUAGACUUGAGGACUGCAGGAGUUGAAAGCAAGGCUCUGAUGGAGUGGGAGGUGCAGGACAAGGAGGGCCAGGAGCCAUCACUGUCCACACCUCCCACUCCAGUCAAGGAGAAGGAUGAGGGGGACCUGGCAGAGGUAGAAACGGGUCCUCUCCAGCCCUCCAGCCCCAAACUCCUGGACUUCUCUGUGCUUAAAGACAGUGCCUUCAUCUGGUACUCCCUCUUUGGCUUGUUCGCCACUCUGGGCUUCUUUGCCCCGCAGCUCUACAUCAUUGAACUGAGCAAGAGCCGGGGCGUGGAGCCCAGCAUGGCCUCCUACAUGCUCUCUGUGAUGGCUGUGGCCGAGAUCUUUGGCCGCUUGUCCAUCGGGGUGGUGCUGAACAAAGUCCGCUGCAGGAAGACCCUGGUGCUGCUGGGCUGUGUGGUUUUGCUGUGCCUGGUGCUGGUGGCCUUCGCUAUCGUGUGGGAGUUCUGGGGCCUGGUGGUCUGCUGCGCCCUCUACGGCUACUUCAUGGGCACCGUCGGCUCCACUCACAUCGCCAUGCUGGCUGAGGAGGAAGUGGUGGGCAUCCAGAAGAUGCCGUCAUCAGUAGGAGUGUACGUCUUCAUCCAGAGCUUCGCUGGGCUGGCAGGGCCGCCGCUAGGAGGUGUGUUGGUGGAUGUCACACAGAACUACGGUGCUGCCUUCUACUCCUGUGCGGUGGGAAUGGGCCUCAGUGCCAUAUGCCUGGCUCUGGUCGGCCCAGCCAAGUCGGGCAUGUGCCAAAGAAUGAACAGAAACAAAGAGAAAGGCAGCAGCACAGAGGAAGAGGAGAAAAUGUCUCAGGACAGCGGCCAGUCUGACUUUUUGGAUGUGGACUUAGCCCCGGAGGACAGUCCAGUCAGACAGGCUGUGGAUCAGGACAAUGUCUCUGUAAUAUGAACCCAACUAUAGCAUGACAUCACCUCAUGACCAACAACAAAUACAGUCCAGAUGCUCUGCGAGAGGCUGCAGUGUCCCACAGCGAUGGUCUUCACAGCUGCUGCACUUCUCAGGUGUCACUCUCUCACAUUCUGACAAGCUUGAAGUUCACUCCUUCCCAGGAAGGAAGCAGUCUCUCCUCUGAGAUCAAAGACAUAGCCAUGCUGAGCACACGGGGUCACACCGUAGCCAUUUACCGAUUUCUGUUCCAGCUGUUUAGCUUUCACAAUCCUCUGUGUAUUAUUAGUUUGUGUUCAGUUUGAGUGGGAGUAUCUCUAUCUCAGGAAAGAAGUGUUGUUGUCAUGGAUACUGAAGUGACAUGAGAAUGAGUUAUACAAAACAUGACAUCUGUCAGAAGCCUCUGUGAUAUUGUGACUGUGUUGUGCUCGUUGAUUCCUGCUUAUGUCGAGGCGUGCCUCCUCAUUACAGCCCUGCAGCGGCUCAUUCGUUCCUGCUGACCUGUGUUGUUCGACCCAUGCUGGAUGACGCUCAACGACCACACGACACGGUCUCUUCUUCAGCAAAGUCUGGAGAGUGAAACACAUGCCUCAUGGCUUUAAAAUGUAAUUCUCCUUGGCGAUCUGCCUGUAUGCAUUUGAUGUGUGGAGAAUGAUUUUACUACUGCUAAAGCUGGACAAGAAAAUGUAGUUGAUAUUUAAUUUCUAUGGUAACUAUAGCAAUAUUGCAGCAGUGUUCACUGAUCUUUUAGAAUGAAUUAAGCACAUGGAGCCAGUAUUCUGUCAUUCUAUGAGACUGGAGGUUGUGGGAUUCAUUUUGCAUGAGCCUCAGAAACUUCCUUAAUUCUGUACUGCUUUGGUUAAAUCUAUUAUCAUGUUACAAGUAACAGCAUAGAAACUGAAGAACAAUCAUGAGACAGUGAUUUAUUUCCCAAUGCCAUGGCUAACUUAAAGACAGUGACGUACAUGUUAAAGUAUAGAAUGAGAGUUGGUCAUAUGCAGUAUAGAUGUAUGCAAAGGUGCAACGGACAGAUUUGACAGGAGAGACUCCCCGUGAAGCACCUCCUCCCAGAGUCCCUCCUGCAGCCUCACAUCGUCUCCACACCCACCACAUGACUUGAAGUUUAGUUCACAAGCCUUUCCAUAAUCACUGCAUCACCGUUAUUUAAAUUGUUUAUAAUGAUCAUUUGAUGUUGACUUUUUUAAUAUAACCUUUUUCAGUUUUUUUAAUCAUUUGAGUGCCAGGCAGGUCCCUGCCUAUUAAGUGCUGUACUGCUUUCAUUAUGUAUUUUCUAAAUAAACUCCAAAUAGACUUUUA